UACUUGAAGUGCUAUAUAGACGUUUCUCCUAUCAGACAAAUGUGCGUAUAGAAUAAAAAAAAAAAAAAUUCAACGUUUUGAUAAAAUAACUUCGCGUUCGGAACGGGCAUUUAUCGGUUGUCGUGUUCGCCGACCGCACAGUUUUCGCGUUCUUGUUUCCGUAUGUGUGUGUGUCUUGUGAUGCGACCGGCUAGAUAGCUGAAUGUCCGUUAGCUUUUCUCUCUUUUCACGGAUCCGUUUCUCGCACUGCAAAGAUGAGUAACAACAAGGACAACAAGACGUUUGAGAAGCUUAAACAGUUUUUUAGAAUCAACAAAGGAGCGACGAAUUUGGGAGCUCUUCGUGUUAAGGAAGACUAUACGCUGACUGAAGAACAAGGGCAAAAAAUUUCCUCAGAGUCUGCAAUACAAAAUAGGAUUAAAACCAUUAAAGAACUUGCAGAAGUAGCUCGAUCUCACCGUCUUGAAGAGAAUGCUGUAGCAAGUUUAUGGGUUCAUGUACAUGAUUUGUUUAGUUCUAAUGUUGCAAAAGAACAUCGCCAUUUAGUGUUUUCUCUUAUUAAAUCCAUUAUUCUUGGUCAAUUUGGAAAUCUUGGCAUCUUAAGAAAACAUUUUUUUAAUUUCAUAAAAAAUCAUAAUAUUGCUGAAGAUAUAUCAUACAGGUUAAAUAUAGUUGUACUAAUUUGUAUGUUGGAAUUAUUAGAAUGUCUCACUGAUCAUGGUCGUGAUAUUGUAUACUUAGAAGAAGAAAUUUGUCCUUGGUUAACAAGAUGGGGUGCAUGUGAAUUGGCACCUGCUGGUUUUACGUUGGAAUGGCUUGAAAUAUCCAUUAAUGUUAUUAAAUUCAACGCUACAUAUUUGGAUGAUGAAGUUAUCAAUACAGUAGUUCAGAGUUCAUUUUAUGUGUGCUGUUAUAGUAAAGAAGAAAAAGUUGUUUUAGAAAGCUUACGACUUCUCGAUACAAUUAUAUGUUAUAAUCAUUUGCCUCCUCAAUCUUUACCUAUAUUUAUUGCUACGUUAUGUCAUACAGCAAAUUCAAAAAAGUACUGUGCUCAAUGUUGGAAAACCAUGCGAAAGCUUUUAGGGACACACAUGGGAUAUUCAGCUAUAUAUUUAAUAUGUCAAUUGCUUCACAAAGAUGUUUCCGAACACAAUCCUGGUCUUGUUCGAGGUGGAUUAUUCUAUAUUAAUAUGGCUUUAUGGAGUAAUAAUCAAAUCACUUCAUUUAAAAUUUCUCUUCUUUCAGUUUUGCCAUCAAUUCACAGUGCAUUAUCAUGUGACCAUCCAACAGUUGUACUGGAAGUUGUUUUAGGAAUGGAAUCCUUGGUAAUGAAACUUGGAGCUACUAUACAAAGUACAAUCUGGGAAAAAGUUUUAAACAUAUUAAAAUGUUGUGCGGAGUUUGUUAACAGAAAUGGCAUGAAUUCAGUAGCAAUGAUUGCAGAACAUCUUAAUGAAACCUUAUCAAAAAUUGAGUUACUUGUUGACACAAAUGCAUAUAGUGGUAGUUUAGAUGGAAUUUAUGAUGUUAUUGAAACAUUUUCACUUUAUAGACCUGAAUCUUCAGUUUUUAAUUUAAUAGCUUACAGAAAAGAAUUUCUUGUUUCAACUCAAUACCAAUGGAUCAAUAAUUUAAAAAUGUUCUUAAAUCAUUUUUAUACCAAAGAAAAUAGAUCACCUAUAAGAAUUCAUGCUGUGGCUCAGAUUAUGAAAGAAGUCUACCAACAGAAUAGUGCAUUAUAUGAAAAUGAACUGAUGAAUGUUAUACUGGAUGUAUUCAGCAAAGUUGCUGAGGACAAUGACCCAAGUGUUCGACAAGCAGUUUGCCAAUUCAUUAUUGGAGUUUGUAAUGAUUGUGAUAGUGCUUAUCACGAAGAAUUAUUACAAAUACUAGAAAAAGUAUUAUUGAGACCGUUUGAAUUAAAUACAAUUAAAGGAUCUAUUUUAUCAGAACAUGAUAUAUCUGAUUUACAAUUAACUGUUGUGGGUCUUUCAAAAUUGUUUACAAAGUUUUUAUACAAACAUUCAACUACAUCUGCAGAUACUAUUCUUACAAUGCUUAUUACUCACUUGAAACAUCAUUAUGAGCAACCAAUUGUUUUAGAGCAUUUAUAUUUAGUACGACUUGCGAUUUUUGAAUUGUUAGUUAAACUUCGAGCAGAUUCUAGGUAUAGGUUGGGAAUACAAGGAUUGAAUGAUUAUUCACCAUACAUGUAUUUGGAUCGCAGUGCUUUUGGAGUCCCUCCCAGUCCAAAUUCAUCUACUGAGGAUACAAGAUCGAAGGAAGAUGUCUUGGUGCAGUUAAAUUACAUGUCUCUUGCAGCUGCGUGCAAGAUUGUGAUUACAGCGUUAAGAGAAGAGCUCGAUUGGAAAGUGUUAAAUUAUAUAUUGAAAGAAGUACCUCAAAUUUUAAAGAACAAGGCUUUGGUGUUAUCUGGAAAUUGGGAAUUUGAUCCAGCAUAUGAAUUGGCUUCAACCCUAUGUUUAUUGGUGAAUGAUAAAAGUGUUGCUAGCACUUUAAAAAAUACACCUUCUAAAUGGUUAAAAACAGAUUUUCAAAUUGCUGUUUAUCCAGCAUUAGCCGCUUUUGUUUCGUACCAUAAUAGCUUAGAGCCAUCUCUUCAACAGAAGCUCGUAAAAUGCCUACAAUCAGGAUUGGUUAAUCGAUGUAUACGUCCUGUAGUAAUGGCAUUGACUACUUGUAUCUUAGAAAUGCGAGAUAUCAUGGUCAAGUUAUUACCUGAAGUUCUGUUAAAUAUGUCUAAGCUUUCUGCUACCACUCAGAUUGCUGUACCAGUUCUAGAAUUUCUCUCUAUGUUAAGUCGUCUUCCAAAAGUGUUCUCCAACUUUGUAGCUGAUCAAUACAUGUCUGUAUUUGCUAUUGCAUUGCCUUAUACCAAUCCAUUUAAAUAUAAUCAUUACACUGUUUCAUUGGCUCAUCGAGUGAUUGCUAUUUGGUUUUUGAAAUGCCGAACAUCAUUCCGAAGAAAUUUUGUUGAAUUCAUCAAAAAAGGUUUAAAACAAAAUGUUUUAGUACCAUUUGAAGGGCGUACUAUUCCUAGGAAUGAUAUUCAUAAUGAAGAUUCGUCAAGUCGAAAACGCAGUUCUAGUUUAACAGAACAAGGUAGUCGAAGACGUGAACGUACAAUUAUGGGUGUUAGUAAGAGUCCAAUGAAUGAUUUGAAACCACCAAUAGAUAAUGUACUUUUAACAUUUCAUAAAGAGUUAACAGAAACUUGUAUGGAUUUAUUAGCUAGAUAUGCUUUUGCUACUUGUUCUGCUCUACCUAAAAGACAUCCCACAGCAGAUUUUAUAUUGGAUGGAGGUCAGUCUGCUACUUGGUUAUUAGGUACAAAACUUAUAACUAUCACAACUAGUGGAUGUACUCAAAAACCUGUGAGAAAUGGAUUAUGUGGUAAAUGUUAUCAAUCUUGUCGCCAAAGUAGCGAUCAGGCCAAAAAUUCUCCUAAAUUAGAUGAAAAGUCAAAGCUUUCAGUAUCUCGAAGUCAAAGUAGUGAAGCCAGUGAUCAAAUUGAUGUAAAUACAUCUGGCAAAGGGGUUGCAUCACCAUCAUGUUUGUCAACAGCAACUAAUUCACCUGGAGAAGAAACAAAAAAAUUCCCACAUAUAGAAACAAAUGAACCAUUUGAUAUGACACGAAAAGAUAGUUUUUCUAGUUCAGACCGACUUGAUAAGAAACAAAGUUGUUCUUGUUGGUGUCAAUCAUGGGCUGAAAUAUAUGUGAGGUGUCCAACAGGAGUUAUGUCUUGGAUGAUUAGAGUGCAAAAUGAUAGAAAUUUUCAGGAUCUAAAUUCUGAUUCAUCUAUGUUUGAUGUAUCGACGUUAUUCCAUCCUUCACUUGGGACAAAAGUUUCCAAUGGAGAACUUGACAGAUUACGUCAAUAUUUUGAUGAAGAAAAACAUGUUCUGGAUCAAUAUAUUGCCAAUGAUGAAAUCAUAAAAAUGGAAUCAAACGAAAAGUUAUCGAGUAGAAUACCGUCUGAACCAGUUUGUAUUCCUGGUUCUCCUCUUAAACUUACUCCUUCACGACAAAACUCACAGGAAAGUUGUGAAGUAGAAGAUGAAUAUUAUGACGUUGAAGAAUUUGAUAAUGGCGAAGGUCGAUCAAGGAAUCCAGUUCGUCGAUCAAACUCCAGUCCUGAAAUGAGUUCUGGAUGGAAAAAUCCAUUCAUGAAAGAAAUGCAAACAUUUGAGAAUGAGAGUAUUAAUAAAGAUAUGGAUGAUAUAAGUAAACAUUUAGAGUUAUUUAAUGCUCCAAUUGAUGGAAAGAAGAUCAAACAAAAUUAUUCUAAAGACUUAAGAUACUGUUCUAAAGCAAAUUGUGAAGCAAUACCAGAAGAAAUCUGUGGUACUGGUUCAACUCCACCCUCAAAUACAUGUCCACCAAAACCUUUAUCGCUUAAUUUGAACUUAGAUUCAGUAGAAAAGAAGAUAGAUGUUUUAGCGUUGGGGAAAAAUGUUAAUGACAAAGAAAGACCAAAAUUAUUAUUAAAAACCCCUAAAUUAAAUUCAUUUAAUGAAAGUGACUCCUCUACAAAGUCUUCGGCUGAAAGUGUUGAUAUCAAGCAGAAUAUAGAAUUUCCAUUAGUGACCCAUUACCAUGACGAAAAAAGUAGAUCUUUAACAUCAACACCAUCUUAUCUAACUAAAAAGCCACCACUAUCACCACCAAUUAAUUAUGGAUCACAGACUUUGGAAAAAAGUGAAAGUGAUACAGAUCCACCUAUGAUGUUCCGAGGACGUGUUCAUACAUUAGCUGUAAUGAAUGCUAUUAAAAAACCAACUGGUGUACCUGCUAAUUCCAGCUCAUUGAUAAUGAACAAUAGGGCAAAUCAAUCAAAAGAGCCUGUGCGGUCUGGAAUAAAUCCUAGUUUUGUUUUCCUGCAGCUGUACCAUUCUACUCAUUUUAGUAGUGUUGAUAAUGAUGCAAAACCAAUUUUAUUGCCAUUGUCUCAGACUAUGAUUCAAAGAGCAGUACAAACUUUAGAUUGGAUUCCUCCAUAUGAGUUACAUAAGAUUGGAGUUAUUUAUGUUGGAAUGGGACAAGCUAAUUCUGAAGUAGAUAUUCUGCGUAACUUGCAUGGAUCACUGAGGUACACAGAAUUUCUCAAGGGUUUGGGAACUCUUAUCAAAUUAUCCGAUACAGAUUCACAAAGUGUAUUUCUUGGUGGUUUGGAACGUGACGGUACUGAUGGAAAAUUUACUUAUAUAUGGCAAGAUGAUAUUAUGCAAGUUAUAUUCCAUGUUGCUACUUUAAUGCCAACUACUGAAUCUGAUUCUAAAUGUAAUAACAAAAAGAAAAACAUUGGAAAUGAUUUUGUUACUAUUGUUUACAAUGAAAGUGGUCAAGAAUAUGAUAUUCAAACUGUUAAAGGUCAGUUUAGUUAUGGUUGUGUCAUUGUGGAACCUUUGGAGCAUGGUGUUGAUCAAAUCACUGUGAAAGUAAGGGACGAGUUACGUGAUCAUGUUGGUCAUCAAGAACCAAAAAUUGUGUCUGAUCAGAACGCAGCAAUGUUAGCUAGACAAUUGGCUAUACAUACAGAUUUGGCGUCGCAGAUAUUGAGUAGCUUGAGCAAGGAAAACAAUGGACCCUACGCCAGUAACUGGCUGGAGCGUCUUAGACAGAUCAAGAGGAUACAGAACAAGGUGAUGAAACUGGAUAACGGCAGUCAGUCGACUGGUAGCGAACCGAUGACUGUAGUGCGAGGUCAAGGAACGGGUUUGUCGACAGGGACGGGUGGAACGAUGAUGAUGGUUGGUGGGAGCGGUGGCGGUGGUGGCCGUUCUAAGGUGCAAAUGUCCGAUUUCACUGAAUACACUUAGAAGAAAAAAAAAACAAAUAAUUUUUUAUGAUCAGAUAUUCGCAUCAUCUUCGCGAGGCUUACACUAGUGAUGAUCUCAUUUUGGAUUGCGUGUUGGCAAAAAAAAAAAAUUAAUUUUAUAAAUGUAAUGUAAACGUGAUUGACAUUACAUAUAUUGCGAUAUAAAUAUUAUGAAAA